AUACCCAGUCCUUGGCUUUAUGUUGGCAGUGAAUCAGAAUUACAGCCUUGAUUGGCUCAGUCAAGGAUUCCACAACUUAACUAAUACCAGUGAAUACCUUUGUGAUGUUAAACUUGGAGAUAGCAUUCUACAAACUGGGAGUACAUGGAUAGCACAAGGUCAGAGUGUUGACAGGUGCAACGCAAUGCAAGAAACAUGGAGUUCAAAUGCAACCAGUGUGACCACUGUAAUGAUCCAGGGUACAAUGGCCCUGGAAAAUUUUACAGUUGAGAACUCAAUGGCUCCAGUUGGUAAAUCCAGAGAGACUGAUUCAAUGGAUUCUACAUGGGUAAAAAGUAGCACAACCGAUACCUCCAAUGACACAUGGCCAGUAAACCAGUCAGGACAGAGGAUCACCACCACUUCAAUUGUUGCAACUCGGCCAACGAUACGCUCAGAGAUAAUGACAGAUAUAGCAGCCACCAUUACCAUGGAAGCAGCCUUUACUGCAUUCAGAGCUGCCGUUUUGAUCACCAGUUGGAACUUCACUGAAGAACUCAACUAUGAAACCAGUAUCGCGUAUAGAAAAAUGGAGAAGCUCUUUGUAAUCCAGUUAUCUCAGCUGCUGACUGAAGCUGCAGAAGUAGCCUUCAACCGUACACUUAAUUUCACCAUAUUAGUGGAAGGAUUUAGAAAAGGCAGCGUGAUCGUUGACUUCAUCCUCCUGACUGAUAUCGGGGAGAAUAUGACCCUGGCCACCAUGAAUUCUGUGCUAAUAUCUGCUGUUAACCAGUCCUUGAGACCAGAGAGUGGACUUUGUAUGUCUCAUGGAAAUAUCAAAGACUUUGUUCAGUGUGAGAGCAACAUGUGUGUCCACAUCUGCAAAGCCCUCAGUGAGAUGUACCAGUGUACAUGUUUGAAUGGGUUGAAUGGCAGCUGGUUUGCAUGCACACACAAUGAGACAACUGUCUGUGGUGGAGCCCAGGCUGUGAUACCAAACCAUCUUGUGUGGGAACUUGAAAAAAUGGCUCAGUUUCUAGACUUUGCAAAUGACACAGGAUGUUCUUUCGGCAAAAACACACUUGACACAUCUGGAAUUCUGCAUGUGAAUGAUUUAUGUCAGAACGUCACCGAUGCUGUCACAGAUCUGUGGCUGGAAUGGAAAAAUGAAGAGUUGCGCCUGUAUUUGGAGGGACCCAACAUCACAGCCUGUCGAUUUUCAGUUUCCCCUGAACAAGAGAUGAUGUACAAAAUAAUUUACAGCACAAGUGGAAUCAGAGGGUCCUUCCUGGUUGACUAUGCAUGUUUGAGUGAUGAGCAAACCCCUGCUUUGGCAAAAAACAAAAUUUUAAAUGUGACCAUGAUUCGGCAACAGAGGUCCUUUACUAUUCAUGAAAACGAAAGCCUGAAUGUGACUUUAAGCAUCCAGUCGGGGCUGGCCAGAAACCCCCAACUCUUCGUAAAGAGCUGCCAUGCUGUGUCAUCAUCACAUGUACCUGAAGGGGACCAACUAAUAGAAAAUGGGUGUCCAAAAUCAAAUGGUGUCUCAAUUUUUCACAAUGGAGAUUCCUCAUUAGUGUUGCUGUCAGUCGAGGCAUCUGUCGCAAAGAACUCCACCUUCUUGAAGUGUGAAUUGCAAAUUUGUGCUGAAAACCAAUGUGCCUGCCCCAAUAAUUCGGGAAAAAUCGUUGCGGCAAAUUCACAAACUUUCAGGGAAAACUACAUUGAGAUUGGCCCAAUCACGUUCCUGAAAAUCAAGAGUAAAGACAAAGAGCCAAGCAUACUGAUGGUGAUUCUCAUAUCAGUGGGAACGAUACUGCUGUUAAUUCUUCUGAUCAGCUUCCUGCGGUACAUGUAUCGGCGCCUCUCUGGCUCCAGUUUCUCGACCAAGACAAAGAAUAUUUCGAGGAGACAGUCAUCAGUGAACCCUAUUACAUUAAAGUCUUGGAAGCAGGUGUAGCAGGUGCUGAGUAACCUGGGCACAAGACAAUUGCACCAAUCGCUCCAAAUGGCAUUGGAAAAGAAAAGAAAUAAUGCACUUGCAUUGAUAUAAUACAAAAGCAAAACACUUCGGAAAUCUGAAAUAAAAACAGAAAAUGCUGGAAGUACUCAGCUGGCCUGGCAGCAUCUGUGGGGAGAGAGAGAUGAGUUAACACUUCAGGUCAAUAACCUGUCAUUAGAAGUGGGAAAACAUAGAAAUGUAGAAGUUUUAAGCAAGCGAAAGGGGGAAGAAAGGGAAAAAGAACAAAAAGGAAGGUUCGUGAUAGGACGGAAUGCAGGAGAGAUUAAAUGACAAAAGAGUUGGUUGUGCAAGGCCAAUUUAAAGGAGUGGCAGUGGGAUAAGUAAAGAAACAAAAGAUUAUGUCCAGAGAAAGGUGUGAAUGGCAGAAUGAGGAGCAGCAAUGUCUGAAAGCAAAAGAAAAGAGAAAAGCAUGAGUAAAGCUGAAACCUGCAAAGAA